AGAAACGGGGAAGCACUUAGUUCGGGUGGAAUAACUAUACAAAUCUAUUUACUUAUCCCCAAACUCGACAACACACGGGUCGUCAGGAUCCUUACGCCGAAUACAAGAUGGUUGUAGUAACAGCAGGGCUUGGAGGAGCCCACAAAGUGCUCCUAAUUUCAUCUUCACAGUGCAGUGAUAUGGCUGCUCAGCCUCUGAGGAAAAGACAGAGACUCACACAUCUGAGUCCUGAGGAAAAAGCACUGAGGAGGAAACUGAAGAACAGAGUUGCAGCGCAGACAGCCAGAGACAGAAAAAAGGCCAAAAUGGGGGAACUGGAGCAGCAGGUCUUGGAGCUGGAACUUGAAAAUCAGAAGCUUCAUCUGGAGAACCAGAUGUUGCAGGACAGAACGGGCGAUCUUUUAAACGAGAAUGAGGAACUGAGACAGAGACUGGGGUUGGACACCCUCGACUCGCAAGAGAAGGUGCAGGUGGUGGAGUCCGGUGCGAGCGACAUGGUUUUGGUGAACGGGUCUUCUGAGCGCAGCACUCAGGCUACGUGUGCCUCCGCAGCAGGUGCAGGCCCAGCGAUCAUCAAAGCCGAGGAGCUCGCCCUUGAUCCUCCAGCUACUGGCACUGCAGACUCUGAGUCUGAUCUCUUGCUUGGCAUUCUGGACAUCAUUGACCCGGAACUGUUCCUCGAAGAAGCGGCAGAGCCGAACCCCUCCGAGCAGCUCGUGCUGGUGGAGCCGGCCUCACGUUCGCUACCUGCCGCCUCACCUCCGGCUGUGGGGGCCGCACCAGUUAAGCUGGAAGCCCUUAAUGAACUGAUCCAGUUCGACCACAUCUACACCAGACCGGCGGAGGAGGACGAGGAGGGCGCGUACGGAGCCCGAGACGACCGCGACCCCGGCGCCUUCUCCUCCGAAGACGAGGACGUCGAGGUGGAGAUGGAAACCGUCUCCAUCAAGGACGAACCCGAGGACGUGGCCGUCCCAGCGACGGACGCCGGCUCCAUGGGCGCCGACGACUUCCUGUCCGAGACGUCCGCCGACUUCGGAGGGUACGACGGGGCGCCGUGCUUGUUCAACGACGCGUACAGCGACUCUGGAUACGAAAGGUCACCUUCCCCUUUCAGCGACAUGUCGUCCCCGCUGUGCUCCGACGCCUCGUGGGAGGACGUGUUCGCUAGCGAACUCUUUCCGCAGCUCAUCAGCGUGUGAACCGACCCAUUAACACAUCAGUGUCAUGUAAAUGAUUAACGUUAGCUACGAAAUGUACAGUCGUCUCUAUCCAAUUAAACCAAAGUAAUUCCAGUUAGCUUGCAAAUAAUCGAAUAAUCGAAUGAAUUAAGCUCAGUAUUGUUGACCGUGGGGAAGAAUCUUUUUAAAGCUAUUUAUUUGUGUACCUCGUACCAGAGUCUCGUCUUUAAUCUGCUCGUGUUGUAUAAUGUAAUUUUAUUAGCGCCCUCCUUGUAGAAACAUGUAUCUACCGCAUUAAAAAUUUUUGCAUUGCA